UUUCACAAAAAACAUUGAUUGGUAUCUUGUCCUAAAUUAAGGGUUCUGAGACUGAUUGAUUGAUUGAUAAUAUAACUGAAAAAGAAGAAAUUUUAUCUUUUUCUUUAUGUUAGUGUAAAAAUUGGAAUCUUAUUAUGUGAGAUCAAGAGCUUAUAGACAAGGUCAACGGGAGAAGCAGAAUUAAACAGUCUUGUUAAAUGAACAAGACCAAUCAAGAUUUGAGCUUAAUGGAAUCAAGAAUGGAAGGAGAUGUGUUUUCUGGAUAUGGAGAGAGAUACCAGAUGGAUGGCAAAGUGCUGCAGAAUUUCCAGAAGAGAUUUGUUCAGGUUCAAUACAUUUUGGAGCAAAACCGGCUUUUGAUCAACGAGAUCAAUCAGAACCAUGAGUCCAAACAAGCAGAUCACUUGGGUCGAAAUGUUCGUUUGAUAAGAGAGCUCAAUAACAAUAUCAGAACUGUGGCAAGUCUUUAUGGUGAUCUCUCUCAUUCUUUCGCCAGAUCAGUUGAUGCUUCAUCAGAAGGGGAGUCCACUGGGACCUUGAAAUCUGAUGGGAAGGCCAACAACCAAAAAAGAUUUAGAUCCGGGUAAUGUUCUGUAGAUUCGGUGCUAAUUUGAGUGUGGAUUUAAGUAAUGACUUGUUGUUGAACAAAAAAGACAUUAACAACUUCACUUCUGUAAGUUCUCUUGAAAUGAGUUCAUGUCUUUAAUUCUGAGAAUAAAAGGAAGUUCAUCUUUAUUAA